AUGUCCCCAGCAUCCGCGGCGGCGACCAGCGAGAGCAGCACCACCACGGUGCCCGAGGAAGAUGCCGAGAGUCCCCGGGAAGAGCAGCGGCCUCUGAAGCAGACCCUGAGCAAGUCUCUGUGCCGCGAGACGCACUGGAAGUGCCUGCUCCUGUCCCUCCUCAUGUACGGCUGCGUGGGGGUCAUGACCUGGUGUCACGUGACCAAGGUGACGCGGCUCACCUUCGACAACGCCUACAAGGGCAAGUCCAUGAUGUACCACGACAGCCCCUGCUCCAACGGCUACAUCUACAUCCCGCUGGCCUUCCUGCUCAUGCUGUACGUGGUGUACCUGGUGGAGUGCUGGCACUGCUACACGCGCAGCGAGCUGCAGUACAAGGUGGAUGUGGAGAGCGUGUCUGAGCGCGUGCAGAGGAUGCAGUCGGCCACGCCCUGCAUCUGGUGGAAGGCCAUCAGCUACCACUACGUCCGGCGCACGCGGCAGGUGACCCGCUACCGCAACGGCGACGCCUACACCACCACGCAGGUGUACCACGAGCGCGUCAACACUCACGUGGCGGAGGCCGAGUUCGACUACGGGAACUGCGGCGUGAAGGACAUCUCCAAGCGUCUCCUGGGGCUGGAGAGCUUCGCCGUGACCAAGCUCCGCUUCACCAAGUGCUUCAGCUUCGCCAACGUGGAGUCGGAGAACUCGUACCUCACGCAGCGCGCCCGCUUCUUCACGGAGAACGAGGGCCUGGACGACUACAUGGAGGCGCGCGAGGGCAUGCACCUGAAGAACGUGGACUUCAAGGAGCACAUGAUGGCGUUCUCCAACCCGGCACACCUGCCCUGGUACGCGUCGCACCUGGCCUUCUGGGCGGCGGCGCUCCUGACGCUGUCCUGGCCGCUGCGCGUGCUGACGGAGUUCCGCACCGCCUACGUGCACUACCACGUGGAGAAGCUGUUCGGCUUCGACUACGCGCCCGUCACCCCGUCCGACGAGCGCGCGCCCUACUGCCGGCACAUCCCGCGCGUCAACACCAUCGACAGCACCGAGCUGGAGUGGCACAUCCGGUCCAACCAGCAGCUGGUGCCCAGCUACUCGGAGGCGGUGCUGAUGGACCUGGCCCAGCUGUCGGCCUGCAGCACGUACGCGCUGUGUGGCAGCGGCGCCGGGGGCGGGGCCUAUCGGCAGAACUGUGAGCGGUGCCACCGGGCCAUCAGCAGCUCGUCCAUCUUCUCCCGCAGCGCGCUCAGCAUCUGCAACGCGGCCAGCCCGCGCCUGCCCUUCAGCGCCAGCCGCUUCUCCCUGGGCCGGCUGUACGGCUCCCGGCGGAGCUGCCUGUGGAGCCGCAGCGGCAGCAGCCUGAACGAGCCGGACGGCGCCGCCCCGGCCGGACCGGCCCCCACCGAGAGCACGCGCUGCCUCUCCGGCCAGCUGGCCAGCAGCACGGGCGACACCACGCCCCCGCCCCCGCCCCCGCCCUAUCAGGACGCCCUGUACUUCCCCGUGCUCAUCGUGCACCGCAACGAGGGCUGCCUCAACCACAACCACCGCUCCCUGCACCGCAACGGGUCCUGCGUGGAGACCUCGCUAUGA